GGCGGGCGGGAGCAGAAGCGCCCCCCUCAGGCGCCGGCGGGGCCGAGACUGCGCUGCCCGUCGAAAUCUAGCUCCGCGUCCGGGAUGUGGAGCGUUCGCCAGACCGGCCGAUGCUGGCCUCUUCCCAGAAGCCGGUUUUGUUUGUUUUCCGCCUAAAUUCGUGUGUAGGAAUAGGUAAUGGCAAAGUACGGAAACUUUUUUUGAAAAGAAUACAAAUCUGAAGUGAUUAAAUGCCCUCAAACUCCCACAUACCGGCUAUAGCUCUGUCAGUGUGUUAUGAUGCCGUCUCGUACCAACCUGGCUACUGGAAUCCCCAGUAGUAAAGUGAAAUACUCAAGGCUCUCCAGCACAGACGAUGGCUACAUUGACCUUCAGGGAGAAACUAACUGCUAAAGCCAGCAAAUUGUGGGAAUCUUCCUUCUUUCCUGAUGUCAUGAGAUCCAAUUUAUUAAAGUUUAAGAAGAGCCCUCCUAAGAUCCCAUAUAAGGCCAUUGCGCUUGCUACAGUGCUGUUUUUGAUUGGUGCCUUUCUCAUAAUCAUAGGCUCCCUCCUUCUGGCUGGCUAUAUCAGCAAAGGGGGGGCAGACCGAGCCGUUCCUGUCCUGAUCAUUGGCAUUCUGGUGUUCCUGCCAGGAUUUUACCACCUGCGCAUUGCCUACUAUGCUUCCAAAGGCUACCGGGGUUACUCCUACGAUGACAUUCCAGAUUUUGAUGACUAGCGCCCACCCUCAACCCUGAGAAGAAGAAACACAGAUGGGACUGAGAACAGAAACUGGCUAAGGAAUUCUGUAGUUUGCAGAAGUUAAACAAAAGAAUGGCCAGAUUUAAAGGUCCACCCUCAGGAUGUCAACCGAGCAUACAAUUACAAAUUAACUGGCCCUGGCAAAAGCUGACAACUUUUUCCACACAAAUAUCUAUCUUGGAAGAAUAGCAAUGUUAAUGGUGUGGGAAAGCAGGAGGUUAUUAUAUAGCGGAAGGUGUUACUGCUGCCACCCUUUUUAGAGUUCAGCAUUUCUUUUAAAUAGUCCUCAUUGUCAGUUUGUUUUGGUGGCAAAUGGAAGAAUUCAAUAUGUCAAAUUUCAUAUUACUAGUAAUUUAUUUUGAAAACAUCUAAGUAUCUUACCCCUACACUCAUCCUCUAACUUUGUGUUCUAGUGGAAGACCUUGGCAAAAUCAAAUGUCAGUGUGGGUGCAUCUGUAAUAUUUUUUACUUGCUUUCUCAUUAAUAGCCAGGACUUUUUUAAAUCUCAGAGCAAGUUUCCAAAAGGUAAACAUUUUCUCUGCUCAGGAAUCCUUGGUCAGCUUUGAUUUGGUCCACCAGUAAGUUGACCAGUGUUUAAUUUGGGUCAUUCUGUUCUUUGUAGAUCAAGGUGUUCUGUAUAUCAUGCCUUUAAGGACUGGACUUUGGCUGUUUCCUAAGGAAAAAAUGUAGAUAAAUGGUUGUUACUUAGAGAUUAUAAACCUCUUAUUAGCACCUUAUAUUAUGAUGUCAUUCUGCUGAAGAUUGCAAGACUCAGCCUGGAUCCCUAGGUGGACCAGACUGCCUUAAUUUGAUUCUGCUUCCUAGCUUGCACAAAGUGACAUAUUCAAAAGAAAUUAAAAUGCCAAAAUCUAAA